CUUCACAUCGGCUUGUAGUAUCUAAGUAAACAGGCAGCAAGGAGUAUUUGUUUUUCCAAUCAGUGCUGGUUUGGAAUACCUAAAGUGUUAACUUGUUUGUGGAUCCGCUCGUGAUGUAAACAAUGAAACAAAACCUCCGAUGACGAGUUAAGAUCAUAUUGAUUGAUCCGGGUUUAGUGUGUACUAACUGAGUGCAGUGCGUCCCAUCCGAGUGCAAUAACAGUGCAAUGCCAAAAUGUUGACUCAGAAGUUAUAUUCCGACUCAACGACGAUGGCGACUUCGUCCAACGCCAUGUCCCCGAUGACUCCCACGUACUCCAUGAACUCCAUGUCCUGCGUGUCGAUGCCGUCGAUGAACUGCUCGCCCCAGGCCGCAUCCUUCGGCUCCAGCAUGCUCAACUCAGGUAUGCCCGGAAGCAUGUCGAUGAACGGCAACGGCAUGACCUCCUCGUCGAUGGGCUACACCACCAUCGGCUCUCCCAUCUCUAACAUGAACGCGGCCUGUAUGGCCACCCCCAUGGCCACCAUGAACACCUACGGCACCGUCGGCACGCUCGGUCGGGGCGACCUGGGCGGCGGCGACACCUCGCCUAACACGGCCCUGCAGCGGGCCCGAGCCGACAAGACCUACCGUCGCAGUUACACCCAUGCGAAGCCUCCGUACUCCUACAUCUCCCUCAUUACAAUGGCUAUUCAGAACAGCCCCCAGAAAAUGCUCACUCUCUCCGAAAUCUACCAAUUUAUCAUGGACUUGUUCCCGUUUUACCGACAAAACCAGCAACGCUGGCAAAACUCGAUCCGGCACUCCUUAUCGUUCAACGACUGCUUCGUCAAAGUUCCGCGAACUCCGGACAAGCCCGGAAAAGGCUCCUUCUGGAGUCUGCACCCGGACUCGGGCAACAUGUUCGAGAACGGCUGUUAUUUGCGACGACAAAAGCGGUUCAAAGAUGAGAAAAAGGAACUUAUAAGGCAGACCCACAAAAGUCCCUCGCAUUCUGUGGACAACAGUAACAGUUCUGAGAAGAAAACGUCGAUACAACACGGUGAUGACUCCCAUAAAAAUCACCAUUUGGAUAAAAACCCCGAAAACACCUUGGGCACAAUGUUGAGCAUCCACCCGUCGAAACUGGACGUAGAGCAAAUGAAUCUUCUUCACUCGAAUGAUCUGAAUAUGCAUCAGCAGCAUCAUCAGCAGAAUAUGUCGCAUGAGGAGCUCUCGGCGAUGGUGAAUCGGUGUCAUCCGCUGAGUCUGUCGAGUGAGCAUCAAGCGAUGCUGCAUCACAACCCCAUGAGUCAUCAUUUGAAACAGGAACCGUCAGGUUUCACCUCCUCGAAUCAUCCCUUUUCCAUAAACAGGCUAUUACCCACCGCUGAAAGCAAAGCCGAUAUAAAAAUGUACGCAGAUAUGCACCAGUAUGGAUAUAACACUUUGAGUCCAUUGCCGAGUUCGGUGCAUUCCCACUCGACCAUAGGAAACGAUUAUUACAACAGCCCCUUGUACCAUACGUCAGCAGGGACGACGAGUUUGUGACAGUAUCCUCUGGCAUAAGAGAAAGCCUCGAAUAAAUUUAUGAUGUAAAUAUAAUCUGAUUGUAUAAAACAAUACGUUUUUAUUUAACGUGCAUUGUAAAUACUAGAUUUUGUUAGUGUUUUAAUGCAACUUUUCAAGCACUCAAUUUUGCAAAUAUCGUUUGCUUAGAUGUUAUCUAUGUCGCGCGAGUGAGUAUAUGAGGAAUUUUUUUAUCAUUUUCCGCGAAAUCUCGUCGUUACGUUCGAUCUGCUAGGUUUUCUAUUAAUCUGUUUCCUCAAAUAAGAAUAUGUAUUUCUUUUGCCUAUAAGUUUCUUACUUUUUUAUUUAUAUUACCUAUUGUAUUCUGAUGUGUUUUAAUUACGAACUUUGUUGAUAGUUAUGUACAAAGUGAUUGUAAUAAAUGUACAAAUUUCUUAAAGAAUUUGUGAUGUUUCAAAUAUGAUUUAUAUCGAAUACUUGAAAUUUGUAUUAUACAUACCUAACUAUAAAAAAGGUACUUACUAGAAGUAUUUUAAAAAGGUUUUUAAUAUAAGGAAAAUGUGCAACUGCGAACCAAAAUUUGUACAUAAAUUAUAGAAAAAUGUAUAUUAUAUGAUGUAAAUGUAUUAAACUGACUUUUUGUCACAAUAAAUGUCAAUCU